AUGAGGGCGCCGCGGGCGUCGGCGCUGUGGUCGCUCAGGCUAUCCCUGCUGGCCAGAGUCAGCGUCCAUGUGCCCGUGGAGGCCGACGCGGCCGCUGCGGCACAGGCGCCGGUGCAGGCGGACAAGGAGCCCGGCCAGCAGUGCGACGCGUACCACGUCGCCAAGCAGCACGACGGGCACCAGCAGUUUCACGCUGAGCAUCACGACGGGGACCAGCAGUUCCACGGUCUUGGUUCUCUGGAGAUCCACAUCCAGGAUUGGGACGUGCAUCGGGGCGAGAUGCCCCACUGUAAGCAGUACGACCGCCAGACGCAGCAUGACGUCCGGGACACCGUCGAGAAGUACUGCGGCGGAGGCGACUCGCUGGGCGCGGAGCCCGAGCGGGUGAUGGUGCAGUCCGCCGCGGGCAUCCUGGCAGUGGGCGACGCGGCCCGCGAGCGCGUGUGCGCGAGCCCGCUGUGCCGCAGCGCCAUCGUGUCCUUCUGGGAGCCGGUGCGGGGGUGCUCCUCGAUCGCCUACUGGAGGACGAACGUCGCGCUGGCGUGGAUGACGGCAAAGGUGCAGUGCGCGCAGUGGAUGCAGGAGAGCGGCCCCACGACGACGAGCGGUGGCUCGCGGUCAUGGGCGUGGCCUUCCGCGGGGCCAGCACGGGCAGCGACCAAGCCAUGCGGUCGGCGGAGGCCCGCCCAGGCCGCGGCGCUGGCGUCUCUGCAGGCAGGCGCGGGGUUCGAGGACGGCGAGCAAUUGAAGGUGCUCUGCGAGCGCGUGGAGGAGCGGGACGUGGAGCCGUCGGACGCGCCAGCGGACUCGGGCGGGACCGAGGAGGGGCCGAAGCGCGGGGACAAGAGGUGCCCGCAGGUUGACGCUGCAUGGCCUGCCCGCGGCGAGGAGGCCGUGAGGCUCGAGCUAGGCUACGUGGUGCUGCGGUUCGACCAGUGCGUCAUGGCGGCGGACAGCAACCUCUCGCUGGAGAGCUGA